AUGGCGGCCACCGGGUACAGCUGGCUCCUCCUCAGUGCCGUGUUCCUGAGCACCCGGGCAGAAAUCACCAUCACCCCAGAGCCCGCCGAACCAGCGGAGGGGGACAACCUCACGCUGGUCGUCCGAGGUCUCUCCGGGGAGCUGCUCGCUUACAACUGGUACGCGGGGCCAGCGCUCAGCCUGACCUACCUGGUGGCCAGCUACAUUGUGAGCACCGGCGAUGAGACCCCCGGGCCAGCCCACACGGGCCGGGAGGCCGUGCGCCCCGACGCCAGCCUGGACAUCCAGGGCGCCUUGCCUGGGCACUCGGGUACCUACAUCCUGCAGACCCUCAACAGGCAGUUUCAGACCGAGGUGGGCUACGGACACGUACGGGUCUAUGAGAUCCUGGCGCCGCCGGUGGUCACCGCCAACAACAGCAUGGCCCUGGUGGAGCACAGGGACACGCUCCGCCUGCACUGCGGCAGCCCCAGCCCAGCCGAGGUCCGCUGGUUCUUCAAUGGCCAGGCCCUGCCGGUCACCAUGCGCCUCGGGGUGUCCCCUGAUGGCCGCACGCUCACGCGGCACGGCGUCCGCAGGGAGGAGGCCGGGGCUUACCAGUGCGAGGUCAGCAACCCCGUCAGCGUCAGCCGCAGCGAGCCUGUCAACCUGACCGUGUACUAUGGCCCGGAGCGCGUGGCCAUCCUCCAGGACUCCACCACCCGCACGGGCUGCACCAUCAAGGUGGACUUCAACACUUCCCUGACCCUGUGGUGCGUGUCCCGGUCCUGCCCGGAGCCCGAGUACGUGUGGGCCUUUAACGGACGGGCGCUCAAAAACGGCCAGGACCGUCUCAACAUCACCAGCAUGACGGCCGCCCAGGAGGGCACCUACACGUGUAUUGUAAAGAACCCCAAGACCCUGCUUUCUGGAUCAGCCUCGGUGGUCGUUAAGCUCUCUGCGGCUGUGGUUGCCAUGUCGAUUGUGCCCGUGCCGAGCAAGCCAACAGAAGGUCAGGACGUGACCCUGACGGUGCAGGGCUACCCCAAGGACCUGCUGGUCUAUGCCUGGUACCGCGGGCCUGCCUCCGAGCCCAACCGGCUGCUCAGCCAGCUGCCGUCCGGGAACUGGAUCGCAGGCCCUGCCCACACGGGCCGGGAGGUGGGCUUCGCCAACUGCUCGCUGCUGGUGCAGAAGCUGAACCUCACCGACGCCGGCCGCUACACGCUCAAGACCGUGACCCUGCAGGGCAAGACUGAGAGCCUGGAGGUGGAGCUGCAGGUGGCCCCUCCAGCCGGUCUGAGUCAGGCCCCCAACCCGCGGGUCCUGUUCCCCGCGCGCCAGCCCCUCCCGGCAACCUCCAUGUCUCUGUACACCCAGGACUCCCGGAGCACCCACCCCGUGCCCUAG